AUGAGCAUGAUGGAGCACGAACUUAAGCAGCAGAUGACCGACUACAAUCAGAUAUGGCCCGGUGUGGGAGGAUUUCAUCUUCCACCCACUUCUACUAGUCAACUAAUGGCCCAGGCAAUUCCCGAUGAUCUCUCUCCAGGUCCUGACUCGCCGGAUUCAGCGAAGGACAGCAAGAAGAACGACGACAGAGUAAAACGUCCGAUGAAUGCUUUCAUGGUUUGGAGUCGAAGUAAGCGCAGACUUAUGGCCCAGGAAAACCCAAAAAUGCACAAUUCCGAGAUAAGCAAAAGGCUUGGCGCUGAAUGGAAGUGCUUGAGUGACAAUGAAAAGAGACCAUUUAUUGACGAGGCUAAGCGACUACGCUCCAUCCACAUGAAGGAGCACCCUGACUACAAAUAUCGUCCAAGAAGGAAGACUAAAGCUCUUCAGAAGAAACCUCUUCCUAUGGGUCCAUUCUCAGCGUUAGACUCACUGAAACCACAGGUUUGUUUUGUUGUUCAUUCAUUCCACUCUUCAAUGUUGGCGUAA